UUUGUUUAUAACAAGUCUGAGGACAAUUGAAAUAGGUAACCUCCCAUAUUGCACAAAAUUCAACCACUUCACUUUAGGGUAGGUAAUCUGUGGCUGUACUCAGGAAAUGGAUCGUUCUUCUGUAGAACCUAUUCCUUCACAGCCUUCUUCACCAAAUCCCUACACAUCCACACCAAACAAGUUCAAAAAUGCUUCGUCUACAGAGAGUGCCCAGGUGCCGCAGUCUGUUAUAGAUCCAGUUCUUUGCAAUGAGACUCAACAACUUGACUGGCAGGGACCGGGAAAUGGAGAUCCAGCGCCUUCUAGCAGUCCUGGAACAGCUCCAGCAUCUGGAUAUAUGGUGGCAAGGAAAGAGUCCUACAAGCUGCAGAGGAAAAACUACAGGUUCGAAAAGAAAAAAGCUGCCAACGAGCUGCUGUGUUCCUUCAAAGACCCAGCUGUUGUUGUCUUAGCAGACUGGCUCAAAGUGAGGGGAAUGCUGAAGAGCUGGACAAAGCUGUGGUGCAUACUGAAACCAGGUGUCAUUUUGCUUUACAAAAGUGACAAGGCAAAGGAUUGGGUGGGGACGAUUCUGUUGAGCAUGUGCAAAUUGAUAGAACGUCCCUCGAAAAAAGACGGUUUCUGUUUCAAACUCUAUCACCCUCUGGACCAAUCGAUAUGGGCGCCUAAAGGGCCCCUCGGGGAAACAAUUCCCGCGCCAAUUCAACCGCUCCCCACUUCUCAUUUGAUUUUUCGAGUGUCGUCGCAAGGGGCAGGCAAGUGUUGGAUGGAUGCUCUUGAAUUAGCCUUGAAGUGCUCGUCGCUGCUGAUCCGGUCCAUGAGCACUCGAAGCACCAAUGUGGCCGAAGGACUUGUCUCGGACCUUACGUCUGGACAGCCAAGUUGUGGUGCGCCAGCCUCUCAAAGCGGCGAAAUUCACUGGAACGAUUCGGAUUUCGAAAAACAUUUUAAAGAUCAAGAUUUCGACGAUACUAGUCAUACGGAUGAAAAUGAUAUGAUGGAAGCUGAGCGUCGGUCCGGUUCUGUGGUGGAUGUUGCCGAUUUCGCCACGAUGGGGCCACGUCUUCCUCGUACACGCCACGAUUCGCAUCAUUCAGAUUCGGAAUCUGAGGAAGAUGAGUUGAGAUCACUCGAUGAAUCGCCUAUCGAGACGACGUACGUCAUCCAACAGGAAGAAGAAUUUGGAUCGACUGGCGAGCUGACGGAAGAAUUAGCAGAUGAUAACAAGAGCUUAAUUUGGUUCCUUGUCAAACAAGUGCGUCCAGGAAUGGAUUUGUCAAAAGUAGUCUUGCCUACGUUCAUCCUAGAGCCGCGCUCAUUUCUCGAUAAAUUGUCUGAUUAUUAUUAUCACGCGGACAUCUUAUCCAGGGCGGUUUUGGAGGAUGAUCCUUUCACGCGAAUGAAAACGGUGGUUCAAUGGUAUCUCUCUGGUUUCUAUAAAAAGCCGAAGGGACUAAAGAAACCCUACAAUCCUAUUCUGGGAGAGCUUUUUCGAUGUUGUUGGAAGCAUCCCAAUGGAUCGACCACGUUCUAUAUAGCCGAACAGGUGUCUCACCAUCCGCCCAUCUCGGCUUUGUACGUCACCAACCGUAAAGAUGGCUUUACUCUCUCGGCCACUAUACUGGCUAAAUCCAAGUUUUACGGGAAUUCGUUGUCCGCCCUUUUGGAUGGAUCUGCCCGGCUGACGUUACUUCCCCGUGGUGAGGACUACGUCAUCACCAUGCCUUACGCUCAUUGUAAGGGAAUCUUGUUGGGAACGCUCACUAUGGAAAUGGGCGGCGAAGUCUAUCUCAAAUGCGAAAAGACGGGCUACCGGGCCGAUUUGGAAUUCAAACUCAAGCCAAUGAUUGGCGGCGCCGAUUUCAUGAACUACGUAACGGGCAAACUUCGACUGGGCAAAGAAACGCUGGCCACCAUUUCCGGCUAUUGGGAUGACUGCAUCACCAUCGAAGAUAAACGAACGGGCGAGAAGCAAACGCUGUGGAACCCGACGUCAGAAGUCAGAGCUACGAGGCUCAAACGUUGGACUGUAGCACCGGAAGAACAGCUUGACUAUGAAUCGGAUAAAUUGUGGAGCAAAGUCGCAGCCGCCAUUCGUCAAGAAAAUCAGGAAUUGGCUACAAGCGAGAAAACAAUUUUGGAAGAGGAGCAAAGAAAGGCCACCAAAUUGCGAAUAUCUCAAAAUGAAACGUGGAUCCCUCGCUGCUUUGAAUUGGAUCCCGUGACUGAUUCAUGGCAUUACCGACAUGCCGAUGUCCGCCCUUGGGAUCAGCGCAAUGACGUUGUCCAGUACGAAAGUAACUUUGUUAUUGCCACUAAAACUCGGCAUCGAACGCCAAUGAUUCGUGAGGCCAGCAUAGUCAGUGUCGAAAGGCAAUCCGAAUCAAUUAGGCAACAGUUGGUCUUAUCGCCAAACGGUGCUGAAUUUCGGAAGCCAUUGAAUGAGUCUAAUGCCAAUGGAACAAGUGCCAUACGACGAAGGAAUGUUGACGGAAGCAUCAGUUCCUCAGCCGAAGGUGAUCAGAUACAUAGCUCUGAAGACGACAGUCGAUUGAUGGGUGAUAAGCGCCAGUUGAGGAGUGGCCCUACCAGCUGGAAUCAUGUACUGCAGUACCUGGAAGAAUCGCAUCGGGAAACGCAGGACAAAUUGAACCGGAUUCAGAACAGCAUUCAGUCAAUGGUGUUGCAACAACAUCAGAUGAUGGGUCCAAAGAGGAUGGCGCGUGGAUCGACAUCUCGUGACCUUUACCUGGUCGUUCUAGUGCUGGCCCUGUGCCAGGUAGUUCUCUGGUUGUAUUGGAAGAAAUGAUCUUCGAUUUUGUUUUUUUCGAAAAGUUUAUUUAAUUUUUUAAAGUUGAAAAAGAUUUGUUCACAACGCCAAAAACCUCACAGUCUAUUAAGAAAUCACUGUGUGAGGCAAGAGGAAAGAAUGAGUCUUGCUUUUACAUGAAACAAUGAGGUAAUAUGGUGAAGUAACGAGAGCUAGUCGGUCUGUUUCCCCUCUUGCCCACUUACCCAAAUGCGUACCCUACACCAGUCUUUUUCUCUCCCUUUUCUUGAUUUAAAAGUGAUGUGAACUAUUGGAGCAAAAGCAUUCCUUCCAUGUUCUAUUUAUCCAGAUAUUUAUGAGACAUUUAUUUAGUGAGACCUCAUGGCAAGAGACUGUAUUUGUGACGCAACAGGGAUUUUAAAGGCGGAAACAAAACAGGAAC